ACUAGCCGAAUAUACUCGUGCGUUCGCAGAUAUUCACUAACCGCCCAUGCUGCGUUAGGCAAAAGACGUAUUCCUCCUAAAGACAUGCCUAAGAGGCCAAAUUAAGCCAUGACUGUUUUUGGGAGGGAGCACACCGGUUUGGUUUCGUCCUCUCUCGUGGGGGCCGUGGCUAUCUGUGCCUCGUUGGAACCGUCUGUCACACAACCAACCCCAUUCUUGUUCCCUGAACCCAACAUGCACCCGCGAAAAACUAUGAUUCCAACGUGAAAAACAUCUACGUCCUAAAGUCUUCCAACAAAGUGAUAUAGAAAAGGACAUCCGAAAAGGCGAAACUUCCGUUGACUCUCUCGCCUUUCAAGUUUUUCCUCGUGGUGCCGGUCCAGCGUGGCUCCGGUUAUCGCGUGAUGAAUCAUCAGAUCCAUCUCACUAACCCCAUAUAGUCAUUUGGUUACGUAUUCUCUCUCUGACCAUAAUAAUACAGCUCAAUCCUCCUGUUCUUUUAGGCCAUUCCAAGGACAUGGCGACGGAUAUAGGAGGAGUUUGAUGAGCUCGGAGCUUUUUGAAUCCUCCUUCAUCUCCAUGUCCCAAGCCUGCAUCUGAGGGGACGUCGAUUCUGGCUCUGAUGCAGCUUGUUGUUGGGGUUCGAGAUUGAGACCUUUUGAGGGGAAGGAGGAGGAUCCGUCCUUGAAGAAGAAAUUGAAUCGGACUCCGAGUUUGAUGGCAUUUUUCUUUUAUGAGAACAGAAAGAAAGCUUCAGAUGCGAAGAGGCUUUGGUUUUGUCAUCUGGGUGGCUUUCUUGUUGUGGUCAUUCUUAUCCACGCUCGUGCAAGCUUCAAGAGGCUAUGACCCGGAGUUCUUAGAUGCAGUCAUUCACGAAUAUGCCAACAAAACACUGCAACAACCAAGAACAGGAGUUGUUUACAACAUCUCCCUCCCUGCCAACUUCUCUGGGAUUGAAGCCUCAAUCGUCAGGCUCAGGAGCUCGAGCUUUUGGGUCAGAGGGUCAAACCUGACGUCUUUCGACAUCCCACCAAGGAUCGUUCCCAUGCCUUAUGCGAAGAGGCUUGCCAUACUGUGUGAGAACCUCAAGAAUUUGUCUUCUAAUUACUAUGAAGUCCCUGGGUAUAGGCUGGUCAGUCCUGUUGUGGGGUUCAUGGUGUUUGCUGCUUCCAAUUCAAGUGGAGUUGGCAACCAGAAGCUCAAUUUGAGCAUUAAAGGCAAUCCCAUUUUGGUGAGUUUCUCUCCAGCUGAGUUAGAGCUGCGGACAUCAAAUCAGUCCGUGCAAUGCGUCGAGUUCAGGCCUAAUGGGUUGGUUGGUUUUAGCAACAUGACUUCAUUGAAUGGAUGUGUUGCACGGCGUCAAGGUCAUUUUGCCCUUGUAAUUCGGGCUCCGGCUCCGGCUCCGGCCCCACAACAGAAGAAGACAGAAGCAAGGUUUUGGAAAUGGUGGGUUGUAGGGUUCGUAGGUGGGUUCAUCGUGUUAUUUUGUGCGAGCUUGAUUGUGUUGGGGACGUACAAGGUAGUGGUGAGGCAGAGGAUCAAGGAAAUGGAGAAAGAGUCUGAGAAGGGCGUCUCUUUUGAUACGAUCUGGAUAGAGACUAGUAAAAUGCCUUCAGCAUCGAUGAUCAGAACCCAGCCGAUUCUUGAGGCUAACGAACAUGUGCCGUGACUCUGCAGAUUGAUUCAUCAAUUGGAUUGUUUCCAUAAUUAGUCCUUUCUCUGCUCUUCUCAACAUGUGCAAGGAAAAAGAAAACGCCCCUGUACAGAACUUCUCAAUGUGAACGAUACCUCAGGAAAUUUCCUAGGAAGACUCUGGGAUGUUGCCACCAGGGGAAGAAAGGAAAUGAAAUUGACAGAUUGGUUUUGCUUUUUUAAAAAAGGGUUUUGGUACGUCGUUUACACCUCUAGAUUGGUGGAUUCAUUUGACUUGUGAUUAUUCUUGUGAAGGAGACUAAUUAACGAGAUUAAAAAUAUUUUACAAGCAUGGUGUGACUUUGCGUUUGUUUCAUUGUCAGACACGUGGUAGGAGAAUGUAUGACUCAAAGUAAGGUAUUGGCUGCCGGCAAAUUUUUGGCACUUCUGCUGGUAAGUUUCCAUGGCAUGAUACUGCUUCCAUCUAAACCACAAGGUGAGGCGAACGUGGAGGACCACUCAGUGAACUAGCAGGGUUUCAGGGGA